AUGUCUUCUUCAAUCUCCAGCAAUCCACAGGCAUUUUUUGCCAUGAUGGCUCAAGCAAACCCGGAUCUACCAGUUCCACCUUCGUUUCCAUCUCCUAGUGAAGUCAGAAACAAGUCGAUGACCUAUUCCAAAGAAAUCUUCACUAGCUGGACCAUCAUCCAUGACAUUUUGGCACGUCGCGAGGAGGUGAUUCGGAAGCGCUGGGUUAACAAGAAAAAGGAACAGCGGAAGAAAAUUCUCUUAGACGCAUGGCCAGGCAUGCCUGAGCGACACCGACCCGAUUUCUACGAGCUUGGGAAGACCGGAGCACGUUCUGCAUCGAGAAAUACCGAAGCUUUCAAGUAUCCCUAUGUCAACCAAGAAGAUCUACUUCACGGAAGAGCACUGUUAUUGUUCUUGAAUUCACGCGGUCGAAAUCCCCCCCAUACCUUCGCCCAUGCCGAUCUCGAUGCAACCCAUCUUGGACAGACUAGCAAGAUGAUUAUUCCGGUAUUCCUCAAUGGGUACACAAUGUAUAUUGCGGGUGAAUCAGACUCAGACACCUACGGCCGCCUAGUUAGCUGGGACGAUGACGACGACGCAUUCAUGCUGCAGCACAAUUGUCUCCAGUUCCAACCUGGGACGGGGCUUCUCGUUUUGGAAAUCCAAAGCAAGAUCUAUUCUUUCCUUCUCGAAUGCUGCUACCAAAUACUCCACGAUAUCCCACGAGACGAGCUCGUCAGCCUCCAACUUCCCGAGCAACCUGAGCCACCGCCGAUCGUCGCUUCAGGGACCUCCUACGCACAACUCUCUUCAUUGGCAGCAGAAGCGCCAUAUAGAUUACCAGCCAAGCUUGAUACACGUCGACUUGUUCUUCUGGUAGAAGCCAAGCGAGCUGCUGCUGAAGACCAUGUCUGGGAUCUGAGAGAAGAUCCAGGCUAUUUCGCAUCGGUGGCUGUUGACCGAGCGCAACAUCGCCAGGAAAGCCUUCUCGACAUAAGGGGCCAACGUCAUCCACACGACGAUGACGAAGUUUUCUGGAAUCGAGUGAUAGGAAACAUAGCUUGCGACGGUUACAUGUCCUUUCUGUGUUGGGAUCUUCUUCAUAAGUACACUGUCAGUCUAGACGAUGCACUCAAAUCUGCCGGAACCCUUGUACAUGACCAGCCACUGCCUAAGAAGCUCGAGACCGCACUGGUGGAGUUAUGCUUCGCUGCCGAAAUGGUUUCAAAGGGGUUGAUUGGAGAAUUGAAGUCCAUCGUGCCGGCUUCAUCACCAGUGCGCGAGCGCUUUGUCCGAGAACCCCAACGACCAGGAACAGCCGUCAUCCAGACCAAGACGAAACAGGCUGUCGGCAAGGACCCCCUACUACAGCUGUUCAACAUGUUAUGGGAUGCAGACAAGGUGUUUUUGGCGCAACUUCCUAACGUGGUAGAUGAGUUACAGCGAUGCGUUGAUCACGACCCUGGUCAGAAGAGCAGAAUGUCAUCCUUCGUCGCUGGGUAUUUCUCCGAUCUGGCCCUUAUUACACAAAUCAUCAGGCAGGUAAAAACCUUCUUUCCAUGGGCUGCAGGUUUGGAGUUAGAAAGGGGCCCAGAGAAGCGACGCCAAGGGUAUGAUCGUGCCACGAAAGAUGUAGGAACUGUCUAUGAAUCUUUCAAUGAAGAUAUCGCUCCGAAUCUCGCGCGCAUCGUCGUCCCCCUCUCGAGACACUUGAAAUAUCCCAUCGAUAAGCUCUACAACGCGACGAAUGUGAACGCUUGUCGUCAAGCUGAAGAUCAAUUGGACAGGUUGUGGAAGGUUGUCGAUGGGCAUUUUCGAAAACAUACAGGCAAGACACUUCACGCGAUAUUCCUCAAUCACCAUGUGAAAGCUCGAGAGAUCCGUCGCACGCCAGAAUGGACACCUCCACCAAUAGUGCCCCCGCCGCCGCCUAAGGGGAAAGAGAAUGAAGCCCUUAGCAACUCAUUUGCGAGUUUCGGUAUUGAAACCGACAAGCCGGGCAAAUUCAAAGAAUCGGAGGUUCCUCGAUCAUCGAAAAUUAAAACUCGCGGCCCCUCUCACCUACCCAAUUCCAGCGACGCUACACCUCCUGUACCCGAAGAUCCAACUGCUGUUUCAACGGGCCCCUUCCCAGUCUUCACCCUCCCGCGACGGGCAUACAAAGUGUUCGCCUCUCUCUUUUCGUCACCCUCCAACCCUUCCCAGGGUGGCGAGGUGCACUGGACAGAUUUCCUACACGCGAUGACGAGCAUUGGCUUUUCUGCGCAGAAGCUAUAUGGCUCCGUAUGGCAAUUCACGUCGCCGGAUGGAAGAGAUUGGGAGAACACGGAAACCCGUGGAAUCCAUAUUCACGAACCGCACCCAGUGCCGAAGAUGGGCCUUAGCACGGCGAGACGGAUUGGAAGACGAUUGGAACGGAGAUAUGGACUUAGCGCAGACAGGUUUGCUUUGGCGUGA